GUGGCUUUGCUUCAUCGUCAUUGAUUGCUCACCGUUGAUAUCACUCUGUUUAACCCUUUCACUUGUAUACAGUUGAUUAUCCUGGCCCGAUUCUUGGCUGCCAAGACCUCCAGAGGCAGUCCCAGUUGUUACACUUACACUUACUUCUCGACACUAACCUUACGGACUAAGGCACCCACCACCUUAGCGUCCUCUCUAACCUACCAACUGAUCGCCUCUCUGCAACUCCACCGCCUCUGCCCGGGAAAGUCCUUCGCAACCAAGACCUAACCUUGCUUGCUUUGGGACCCUAUUUUAGCCUUCUCCUCGCUGUCUUCUCGUUACUUCCGACGCUCCCUUCUCUUUGCAUUCGCCGCGCUCCUUCACAGAUACCUUUCAUAUCUGCUUAUCCUCACUUCCGGGCCAUUUUUUGAUCAUGGACGAACACCGCCCAAAACGUUCUCGCUUCGACCAGACCGAGCCUGAUUCGCGACGCCCGUCGCGCUUCGAUCGUCGCUCUCGGUCUCCGUCGUCGCGACAAACGGAAUCUACCAGAGCCCGCAGUCCCCUCAGUCGAGAGCCUCGCAGCCCCAGCGCAGACCCCGCAAAGAAAUCCGAUCCUGCUGCAGCAGCUGCUGCCGCUGCGGCUAAGAUCAACGCCCAGUUACAAGCCAAGAAAGGAAUUCAGCAUGUCGACGUUCCCCCAAUCCGCUCGUCUGGAAGCCCUAUGCCCAAGUCCGGCUCGCCGGCGGACGUUGACGCUUCAGGCAAGCUGAACGCCGAAAUCUAUGUCGCGGAUGGAGACUACAUCAAGGACAUUGAAAUUAAUGAUUUGCGCAACCGCUACACGCUGACCAAAGGCUCUACUCAGAAGAUGAUCAAGGAAGAAACUGGCGCCGAUGUCACUACCCGAGGAAACUACUACCCUGAUAAGAGCAUGGCCACGGCCGCGAACCCGCCUCUUUAUCUCCACGUUACGAGUACGAACAAGGAAGGCCUCGAAAAGGCGGUUGCUCUGAUUGAUGAGCUCAUGCAGAAGGAGCUCCCUAACUUGGUCGACGAGCGACGAUUCCGCCGACGAGAACCGGAGCAAGUGGAGCGCGAUGAAUUUGGCCGCCGCAAAUGGCCCGAGGAACGUAUUCCGGUUGAUCUUGAGCCUAUCCCAGGGUUCAACCUCCGGGCCCAGGUCGUCGGCCAGGGUGGCGCAUACGUCAAGCACAUCCAGUCGAAGACUCGCUGCAAGGUCCAGAUAAAGGGCCGUGGGUCGGGCUUCAUGGAGCCGAGCACCGGCAGAGAAAGCGAUGAGCCGAUGUUUUUGCACGUUGCUGGCCCCGACCCCGCCGAUGUUCAGAGCGCCAAAGAGCUGUGUGAGGACCUCCUCGGCAAUGUUCGUGAGCAAUAUCAGCGCUUCAAGGAGAACCCGCCCCAGCAUGGUUACGGCGGCUAUGGUCAACGUGGCGGUGACCGGUAUCACUAUGGUGGUGGCGGUGGUGGUGGUGGCGGCGGCGGCAGUGGCGGAGGCUACGGUGGUGGAUAUGGAAAUCACCAUCACAGCCGGGAUAAUACCAGCCAUAACUCCCCGUCUGCGUCUGCGAGUCCAUCCGCACAGGGUGCUCUAGGAGCCUCUGGCUCUGGCACGCCCACCGCGGCGGACUACAGCGCCCAGUAUGCUCAGUACUAUGGAUCGGAUCCGUACGCCGCCUACGGUGGGUACCAAAAUUAUGUCGCCUACUACCAGUACUACCAGCAGGUCGCCGCUCAGCAGCAGCAACAACAGCAGUCCCAGAGCCCUGCUCCUCCGCCGCCUCCUCCUGCCAGCGAGGCCCCUCCUCCCCCACCACCGGGCUCUGGUUCUCCUCCGCCUCCUCCACCCCCAGGUGGCAGCUACAGUGCCGUCCCACCUCCCCCAGGACUGUAAUGUUCUAGCCACGCGCUCUCUAACAUUAUCCAGGGCGAUAAAGGAGAUAUUCCCAAUUUAUUAACUCUCGGCCCUCCAGACGUUGAUUAUCAACACCUGCAAAGCUGCAGUGAAGAAGCUACAUCUAGCUAACUAUCUAUUCAACCUAUCCGCUCCGGGACUAAGUCAAUACUUGGCUUCUAACCGACUGACUGAUCGCUUGGCUAGUAUUUGUAGUAUCAUCUCUUUUUUUAUUUUACUUACCUACCUAGCGCAUGCUACUAUUACUACGGGUCGGUCUUGCUGCUAAACGUUUGUAGAGUCCCCACAAAAGGGGUCCCAGAGAGGGGUAUCUGAUGCGAAUUAUUCUUG